AUGGGUGACUCUGCCUUAACUGGCUUAGAGGCAGCAGGUGUGGAUGCUGUUAACCCUUUAGGGAGCUCCAAUGGCAGCUUGUCCACGAGCAGUGCCUGGGGCAUCAGUGGCAGCGGUCCGUGGCUGUUGGCGUGCUUGUUAACCCUCAUCAUCCUGAUGACGGCUUGUGGCAACACACUGCUGAUCGCUCUGGUGUUUGCCCAACGCUCCUUACGCAACACCUCCAACUGUUUCCUAGUGUCUCUCUUCCUGUCGGACCUGAUGGUGGCGCUGGUGGUGAUGCCGCCAGCCAUGCUCAACGUGCUGUGCGGGGCCUGGGUGUUGUCACCGGGCUUUUGCCCUGUGUGGCUCUGCUUCGAUGUCAUGUGCUGCAGUGCCUCCAUUCUCAACCUAUGUGUGAUCAGCCUGGACCGCUACCUCCUCAUCAUCUCGCCGCUGCGCUACAAGCAGAGGAUGACCCUUCCCCGGGCCCUGCUUCUGGUGGGAGGGACCUGGGGUCUGGCUGCCCUCGCCUCCUUCUUGCCCAUCAAGAUGAACUGGCACAGCUUGGGUCACCGGAGGUCGCCCUCCGAUGGCCUGUCCUUCCAGUGUCGUCUGCGGGUCACCCUGCCCUUCGCCCUGGUGGCGUCCGUUCUAACCUUCUUCCUGCCAUCCAGCGCCAUCUGCUUCACCUACUGUCGAAUUCUCCUGGUGGCAAGGAGACAGGCGAGGCGGGUGGCGGCGCUAACUCACCCUCCGCACCCGCAACAUUUGCCCAGGGGCCCUUCUCAGCCUCCCUCACCAGGUGGGGGCGCCAUGGGACAUGCUCAGCAUGACAGAGAAGACUACAGUCAUCAGGAGCGCUCUAUGUCACGUCAAGUACCGUUGUCGGUGAACAGCGAGCGGCGGCUGGCCCACAGGCAGGGCCGGAGGGCAGUGAAGGCCAGUCUGACCCUGGGAGUUCUGCUGGGCCUCUUCUUCAGCGCCUGGCUGCCCUUCUUCAUCACCAACAUGGCCCAGGCGGUAUGCGAGUGUGUUCCCCCGGCACUCUUCGAGGCCAUCACCUGGCUGGGCUACUGUAACAGCACCAUGAACCCCAUUAUCUACCCGCUGUUCAUGCGCGACUUCAAACGGGCCCUGGGGCGGCUGCUGCCCUGCUGCUCCACCCGCUCGCCCCGCAGACCCUCGCCAGAGCUCUCCCUCUGCAACUCUGGUGAGCCCAACCUGCCCACAGAGCCCCCCUCCCUGGCCUCCGACCCCCCACAGCCCCCCGCCACUGCCACAGACGCCGUCAACUUGUUUGACGCAGAGCAUGCUGGGAUUGAGCUGCCCCUGCUGCUGCCCAAUCAGGUGGACACGCUAGACUGAAGGGGAGGAUGAAGAAGAGCGCAUGAACAGAUGCUGUGUUCCAUAAUGUAAUGUAUGACCACCAAGAGUACAGGAUGUGAAACUUGGCUGAUGGGAAAAGUUGGUUGGAGGAAGGUGUGUCUUGUUUAACUCAUCAAAGCGGCACUGUGGGUGGUAGCAAGAUGGGAAAAUAAUCUAGAAGGUGUAAUUUAGCAUACAGGACAGGAGUGGAUGAGGAAGAGCUAAGCACUGAGAAUCACUUGGUGACUGCAUCACUGGGUGACAUCACUGUGAUAACCAUAAUCCCC